CGUCCACUCCCCCUCCCUUAAGAACGCCGGGCAAGACGGCUUUUAUCUUCUUCUUUUUCUUUUCAAACUGACCAAUAAGAGCUUUGCUUUUGCUCGAAUUGGCCAAUGAGAGAGCGAAGACGCUGGAAGUUUAAAUCACACUGGGAGAGGCGAGGGGAAGAGAGUGGGAGUAAUUUUCACCACAGCCUGGGAGGCGCAACGUGUUCGGGCGCUGCCUUGGGAGAGUCGCCCGGUCUGUCCUGCGGGGAGAGUCGGAAAGAAGCGGGCUUCGCUCUUGCAGAUUACACUAGUCUACAUCAGGAUCAAAAUGUCUACCAAUGAGAAUGCUGGUGGAGCAGCUGUCCGUCUCAACAGAUUCAAGAAUAAGGGGAAGGACUCCAAUGAGAUGAGGCGGCGGAGAAUGGAAGUAAAUGUGGAAUUGAGGAAAGCCAAAAAAGAUGAUCAGCUGCUUAAAAGAAGAAAUGUUGGCACUUUCCCUGAUGAUGCUACUUCACCUUUGCAGGAAAACCGGAGCAAUCAGGUCACUGUCCAUUGGUCUGUUGAAGACAUUGUUAAAGGCAUCAACAGCAAUAAUUUGGAAUUACAGCUGCAAGCUACACAGGCUGCCAGGAGACUACUUUCCAGAGAAAAGCAGCCCCCUAUAGACCAGAUAAUCCGGGCUGGCUUGAUCUCAAAAUUGGUGUCAUUCUUGGGAAGAGCAGAUUGCAGCCCUAUUCAGUUUGAAGCUGCUUGGGCACUGACCAACAUUGCCUCUGGCACAUCAGACCAGACAAAAGCCGUAGUGGAUGGAGGAGCAAUUCCUGCCUUUAUUUGUCUGUUGGCUUCACCCCAUACUCACAUCAGUGAGCAAGCUGUGUGGGCUUUAGGAAAUAUUGCAGGUGAUGGUUCUGCUUACCGGGACUUAGUUAUUAAAUAUGGUGCACUUGACCCACUUUUGGCUCUGCUUGCUGUUCCUGAUCUUUCUUCCCUAGCUGUUGGCUACUUACGCAAUAUAACCUGGACCUUGUCUAACCUCUGUCGUAAUAAGAACCCUGCACCACCUAUAGAAGCUGUUGAGCAGAUCCUUCCUACUUUAGUUCGCCUGUUGCACCACCAUGACCAUGAGGUUUUGGCAGACACCUGCUGGGCUAUUUCUUAUUUGACAGAUGGUUCAAAUGACAGAAUUGAAACGGUAGUAAAAACUGGCCUGGUACCACAACUAGUGAAGCUUCUGGGGUGUGGAGAAAUUCCCAUAAUGACUCCUUCAUUAAGAGCCAUUGGAAACAUUGUAACAGGGACUGAUGAACAGACGCAGGUUGUAAUAGAUUCUGGAGCACUCACUGUCUUUCCCAGCCUGCUUACUCACCAUAAAAACAACAUCCAGAAAGAAGCUGCAUGGACCAUGUCCAACAUCACUGCUGGCCGGCAGGACCAGAUUCAGAAAGUAGUGGAGCAUGGGCUUAUCCCAUAUCUUAUUGCAAUUUUGAAAAAGGGGGAUUUCAAAUCUCAGAAGGAAGCUGUAUGGGCUGUGACCAACUUCACGAGUGGUGGAACAAUUGGCCAGAUCAUAUACCUUGUUCAGGCUGGUGUGCUAGAACCAUUGCUAAAUCUUCUAACUGUUAAAGAUGGCAAAAUUGUCUUAGUGAUUCUGGAUGCCAUUAGUAACAUCUUUGUGGCAUCUGAGAAAAUAGGGGAGACUGAAAAGCUGUGCAUCAUGAUAGAAGAGUGUGGCGGAUUGGAUAAAAUUGAAGCUCUACAAUCCCAUGAAAAUGAACUGGUGUACAAGGCUGCAGCAAAUCUGAUUGAGAAAUAUUUCUCAGCAGAGGAGGAGGAAGAUGAAAAUGUUGUUCCACAGUCUAGUACGGAUGCAUACACUUUCCAGAUUCAAGACAAUAGUGAUGCUUUCAACUUCUAAAUCAUUUGUAAUGCAGAGCAUCCUGCUCCCCCCAGCCUUUCUUGUCUGUCCAUUCCAACUUUAUUGGCUUUUUUUCUAUGUGAAAUGUGAAGUCGCACUUUGUUGCAAAUGAAAGUACUUGAACAGUUCACAGUAGGGGGUAUGUUCCCUGUGAACUAGCUGUCUUCCUAUAUUUGUAUGUUUUUCUUUCAUUGUUACGUCUUUUCAUCCUCUCUUUCUGUCUCUGAUUUACUCUUCAUUGAGUGGAUUUGCCUAGAUCUGAUGUGUUCAGUAGACGUCUCCUGAACAUUCACACUGCCUUGCAAAACUGAAGCAAUGUAACAAUACCUUGGAAAACCUGCCAUCUCAAAAGGGUUCCUGCCACUGAGAGCUCAUUGUGCUCUCUCAAUGAAGCCUCCAUUCAAUUUUAAAAAGAAAAUUUGUUCAAACAUAAUAAACUGGUAUCUGAAUAUAA